AUGAAGUACAUACACAGAUUUGCACAGGGUUUACAUCUACGGCAAGUAGACAUGCUUCAAGAUGGCAUUGCAAAGAGCACAGCAACACUUUCUAUGAUGUCAACGAAACUCCGAAGAAUUUGUGUAAAAAGCCUGGAAAAGCACCAAAAGAAAAAGAGGCAGAAAGUUGGUGGAGUUAAUGUCAUUGUUCACAUUGAUGAGAGCAAGUUCUGCCAUAAACGCAAGUAUGCAAGAGGACGCUUCGGUAACACCUGGAAGAGAAAGCGAACGUGGGUGUUCGGUAUACUUGAAAUCAAAAUGGCAAGUAGACGUCCAAUUCUUCGCCUUGUGAAGAAAAGGAACAAGGAGACCCUUGUUCCAAUAAUCAAAAAACAUGUCAAAAGACAAAGUCUAGUUGUGAGUGAUGAGUGGAGAGCAUAUGCCAGCCUUUCCCAGGAGGGCUACAAGCAUGUCAGAGUUAACCACAGCCAGAACUAUGUAGAUCCACAAACAGGACUACAUACUCAAAACAUUGAGAGAGCGUGGCAGACGUACAAGAGGGAAAUUUGGCGUAUGCGGGGGAAUCGGUCUGAGAAGGCCUUAAAAAAACAACUCUGCUUUAUUGAGUGGACUUACUGGUUGGCCAGAAGACAUAAACAUGGUGUACUUGGAAGACUUCUCAAGGACAUAAGGAAUGGUAACCACAGAUCACAGUUUAAGAUCUUUCUGUAA